AUGAGCCUCUUUAUUUGCGGGUGGUGGUGGGGAUGGUUGGCGCUUCUUCUUUCUUCCUUUUUUCUUCUACAAAAACAACAAUUACAGCGUUUGGAGGCUGAAAGGUCCGAGGCUCGACUUCCUCCUCCUUCUUCUCUUUCUUCUUCUUCUUCUUCUUCAUCUUCUUCUUCUUCAUCAUCAUCAUCUUCUUCUUCUUGUUCUUUUUCUUCUUUUUUCUUUUUCUUCUUCUUCUUUUUUCUACUUCUUCUUUCCUCUUCUUAUUUUUCAUCUUUCUUCUUUUUCUUCUUUUCCUACUUCUUCUUUCCUCUUCUUCUUCCUCUUCUUCUUCUUCUUCUUUCUCCUUCUUCUUCGUUGACUUCUUCUUUCUCCGUCUUCUUCUUUUUCUUCUUCUUUCCUCUUCUUCUUCUUCUUCUUUUUCUUCUUCCUCUUUUCUCUUCUUCUUUUCCUUCUUUUUCUUCUUCUGUUUCUUCUUUUUCUUCUUUCUUCUUCUUUUUCAACUUCUUCUUUCCUUUUCUUUUUUUCUUCCUCUUUCCUCUUUUUCUUCUUUCUUUUUCUUUUCUUUCUUUUUCUUCUUCUUCUGUUUUUUCUUUUUCAUUUUCUUCUUCUUUUUCUUCUUUAUUUUCUUCUUUCUUCUUUUUUUCUUCUUUUUUCUACUUCUUCUUUCCUCUUCUUCUUCUUCUUCUUCCUCUUUCCUCUUCUUUUUUUUCUUCUUUUCCUUCUUUUUCUUCUUCUUCUUCUUCUUUUCUUCUUCUUUCUUCUUCUUGUUUUUCUUCUUCUUUAACACAUCUUAAUUCUUCAUUUCCCUCUUUCUGUCUUCAUCCUCAUCUUGAAGGAAAAACUCCCUCGUCUUUCUCUUAUUCCCAUCGUCUCCUCGUUGUCCUUUCUCUCGCCUUCUUUCUCCAUUCGUAUCUUCCCCUCCUCCAAAAGUCGUCUCGUCCCCGACCCAGUGUUUGCUUCUCUCUCAUCUGA